AUGCAGCAUGAAACCUAUUCUGAUUGGCCUCACCGGCCGCGCUCGCUCUGGCAAGGACCCACUGCCGCCGAACACUUGGCGCGCACUUACCUGCUGGAGCAAUACGCCUUCGCCGACCCGCUUCGUGAUGGACUGAUGGCGAUCUUCAACCUCGAUCCGACCGACUUUGAGGGCGACCGCAAAGAGCAGUCGCUCGGCUGGCUGGACCGCUCGCCGCGCCAACUUAUGCAGUCGAUGGGCACCGAGUGGGCACGCAACACCGUGCACCCGGAUGUGUGGGUGAAGCUCGCGGAGCAGAACCUCGACUAUAUGAGUAAUGCACUGGGUGCCGUUCUCGGAUUCGUUGUCAGCGACGUACGCUUCGAAAACGAAGCAGAACUGAUCCGCCGCAGGGGCGGGACGGUCAUCCAUAUCAUCCGGCCCAAUGCCCUCACGGUGAACCCACACAUCAGCGAGGCCGGUAUCGCGGCUAAUCCCGCCGAUUUGACGCUGCCCAACUAUGGCACGGUCGAGGCCUUCCUACGCUCGCUGGACGAGGUGUUCCUGACUAUUCGCCGCCUGCAGCAACAGUCCGAACAUAUCUCUGCC